AGUCCCGGCGUGGGUAAAGGGGGCUGCUUUGAGCACGGUCCGAGCGUUUCCCUGCCGCGCGCCGCCUUGCCUUUUGCUCUAGUUGCCUACCCCUCCCCCGCCAGCGCGGUCACCUGGGAAACCGGCCGCGAGAGCCGGCGGACCUGCAGCUGAGUACAUGGCAUCUACGAAGAAAGCAGAUUUGGGGCCGUUGGUGGGAGCGGUGGACCAGGGUACCAGUUCGACACGCUUUUUGGUUUUCAAUUCAAAAACAGCUGAACUUCUAAGUCAUCAUCAAGUGGAAAUAAAACAGGAGUUCCCAAGAGAAGGAUGGGUGGAACAAGACCCCAAGGAGAUUCUGCAGUCAGUUUACGAAUGCAUCGAAAAAACAUGUGAGAAACUUGGACAACUCAAUAUUGACAUUUCCAACAUAAAAGCUAUUGGUGUCAGCAACCAGAGAGAAACCACUGUAGUCUGGGACAAGUUGACUGGAGAGCCUCUCUACAACGCUGUGGCUGCUCCAGUUUCUCCUGGCACUUCAGUUCCAGUUGCCGUUGUUUCCUCUGGCUCCUCAGUUCCAGCUGCUGGUACUUCCUCAGUGUGGCUUGAUCUAAGAACCCAGUCUACCGUUGAGAAUCUUAGUAAAAGAAUUCCAGGAAAUAAUAACUUUGUUAAGGACAUCCUGUGGAAUGACCCUUGGUCCUUCAAGUCAAAUAAUAUUUCUUCCAAGACAGGCCUUCCACUUAGCACUUACUUCAGUGCAGUGAAACUUCGCUGGCUCCUUGACAAUGUGAGAAAAGUGCAAAAGGCUGUUGAAGAAAAUAGAGCUCUUUUUGGGACCAUUGAUUCAUGGCUUAUUUGGAGUUUAACAGGAGGAGUCAAUGGAGGGGUUCACUGUACGGAUGUAACAAAUGCAAGUAGGACAAUGCUUUUCAACAUUCAUUCUUUGGAAUGGGAUAAAGAGCUCUGCGAAUUUUUUGGUAUUCCAAUGGAAAUUCUCCCAAAUGUCCGGAGUUCUUCUGAGAUCUAUGGCUUAAUGAAAAUCUCUCAUAGCCUGAAAGCUGGGGCCUUGGAAGGUGUGCCAAUAUCUGGGUGUUUGGGGGAUCAGUCUGCUGCUUUGGUGGGACAAAUGUGCUUCCAGGAUGGACAAGCUAAAAACACGUAUGGAACAGGGUGUUUCCUCCUGUGCAAUACAGGACAUAAGUGUGUAUUUUCUGAACAUGGCCUUCUAACCACAGUGGCUUACAAGCUUGGCAGAGACAAACCAGUAUAUUAUGCAUUAGAGGGUUCUGUAGCUAUAGCUGGUGCUGUUAUUCGCUGGCUCAGAGACAAUCUUGGAAUUAUUAAGACUUCAGAGGAAAUAGAAAAACUUGCUAAAGAAGUUGGUACUUCUUACGGCUGCUACUUUGUCCCAGCAUUUUCAGGGUUAUAUGCACCUUAUUGGGAACCUAGUGCACGAGGGAUAAUCUGUGGACUUACACAGUUCACCAAUAAAUGCCAUAUUGCUUUUGCUGCACUAGAAGCCGUUUGUUUCCAAACCCGAGAGAUUUUGGAUGCUAUGAAUCGCGACUGUGGAAUUCCACUCAGUCAUUUGCAAGUAGAUGGAGGAAUGACCAGCAACAAAAUCCUGAUGCAGCUACAAGCAGACAUUCUGUAUAUUCCAGUGGUGAAGCCUUCCAUGCCGGAAACCACUGCUCUGGGUGCCGCCAUGGCAGCAGGGGCUGCGGAAGGAGUUGGCGUUUGGAGCCUUGAGCCUGAAGAUUUGUCAGCAGUCACAAUGGAACGGUUCGAACCUCAAAUCAACGCUGAGGAAAGUGAAAUUCGUUACUCUACGUGGAAGAAAGCUGUGAUGAAAUCAAUGGGUUGGGUUACAACUCAGUCUCCUGAAAGUGGUGACCCUAGUAUCUUCUGUAGUCUGCCUUUGGGCUUUUUUAUAGUGAGUAGCAUGGUAAUGUUUAUCGGAGCAAGGUACAUCUCAGGUAUCCCAUAAAUAAUACCAACUCAUGGAUUCCCGAGAUGCGAGCUUUAUUCAUAACAAGAGAAUCCAGCAAUUCUAUUUCUUAAUGUGAUGACACUAUUCAUAGACUCUGAUUUUAUGUAUAAGCCACUUGCUGCAUGAUCCUCCCAGUAGAUCUGUGGCUUGAAAUAAAAAAAAAUGUAGCAGAAAGAAUGCUACGGAAACAUUUGGUUUGUUUUUGAACACUGACAAAGAUUGGGCUGGCCACCAUGGGGGCUGACAUCCUCCAUUGUCAUAACAUACUGCCCCAUUUCCGCUUAGGUUCAGAAAGGAUUCAGAUCCUUCCAUUGAAAUCUCCCAUCAAAUGCAUUCAGAUGCCAGUGAACUUGGAUCUGAUACUCAGCACUAUGCAUUCAUGAUUAAGAAGCUAAUACAAAUCUGCUAAAAAUGAGUGACUUUGUUUUUGACCAGUCCCCCAGUCUUUUUUCUACAUGCUACAAGGUCAUAACAUCUUCACUGAAUGUUUAAGUGCAAACUUCUACUAAAUUAUUAACAUGACCAUUUAGUACUCUCAUAGCUUGGAUGUUUUUCUGAAAAAUAUUUGCCAAAACUGCAAUCCUUAGGCAUUUUACAUUAUCUCCCUAAUUAUAAUGACCUUUGUCUGGAUCUUACAGGGAAGAACACUUUUCUUUUUCUUUCUCCAUCUCCUGUUUAUAUUUUUUUUACUUUGUAUGUACAACAUACACAUAUGUGUUUUAUACACUGAAGGUAGCCCAUUUAUAAAUUAAGAGCACAUUGUAUUCAGUAGGUUUAUAACAGGGCUGGUUUUAAGCAGACUACUAUGUAUAUAAAUAUUUGGAGGAAAACAGCUAUAUACAUUUUUGGGCAACGGUUAUGCAUAUUAUUUACAGGAAGAAAUUUUUUCUAACAGAGCCAACACAUAAAUAAGUACUGUAUGUUCUAUGUCAAUAAAAGAAAAUGUACUUUAUUAUGACUUCAACUAUAUUUCUUACACUCUUUUUAUUUAAUUGUCUAGUUGAACAUAUGCUUGAAAAAGAAGAAAAACUGGAAUACUCCAGUAAAUAAUUGUUCUGAAACAAAAUACCAGUGCAAAUAAAGUUAUUUUUCUUUGGCAUUCAGUUUUUACAUAUUUAAGAUUCUUUUGAGGAACCGAGGGAAUAUCAAACAUGUUUAAAAGCCAAGUAGAGAAGAAUUUAGGAAUAAAGUCAAGAAUCCUUUUCAGUCUAAAUGUUAUCAACUAUUCAUGAAAAAUUAUAAUUUCUGUAAAGGAUAAGAAUUAUUUCUGUUUUAUGUCAUAUUACAACUGAACAAAGAUUUACCAUUAGAAAUGUCUUUGAGCGAAACCAAGAAUUUCUCAAGAUACUUAGCAUUGUAUGUUAUAAGAAUUUACCCAAUUUAACUGAGCAUCCUUGUUUUAAUGUGUUAAAGUUAAUUUGUUUUGUAGUAAAUAAGAAAAUACUGUUUCCUAACUAUUUUCUUCUAUCAGUGCUGAGUGAGAAAGUACUUAUGUUAAUAUAAAAAGUUUUAUUUUGCUUGGAAUUAAUGAUAGCUUGCUUAUAUUUACUGUUCUGACUAUACUGUUGCUAAAUUAUUGAAUCUGCUGGUUUUAUUGAGACAGCUACCACUUAAGUGACAAAUAUAGAAAGGUACUGUGAAGUUAUCACUUUGUGGCAGUGAUAAUUUUACUAUAGUUAUGUUUUUACCCAUAUAGGUUGAGUUCACUGUAAAUAAUUGUGCAAACCACUGUUCAGAUAAUUUUAAGAUUACAUUAAUUUUUCUAUAAAUUAUAAGGUUUAUAAAUGUUUGAAAUUGUACACAUUGAUAUUUAAUGAUAAACUUACUUAUAAUAAAUUGACCCCUCGUUCUUA